AUGACGACCAUGAAAGAGCUCCGAGCUCGGAUGGAAUCAGAUGCCCAGCAAGUUAUAUGUCAAGCCAAGACGGUGAAGAUGAAGCUUGAAGAGCUUGAUAAGGCCAACAUGGCUCACCGGAGACUUCUCUGGUGUGGGCCAUGGACACUUGCGGAGAGAACUAGGACUUCAAUUGUUGGAGGGUUGGGAUCAAAGCUUAAGAAGUUGAUAUAUGAGUUCCAUGAACUAGAAGAAUUCCCGGAGGAAUUCCCGGAAAGCCAUCUUGUCAUGGCCCCCUCCUUGGCCGAAUGUUUUUCACCCCCAUGGUCAUCUCCUUUCUUCAUUCCUCCAUCUCUCUUCUUUCUCUCCACUCUCCCACUUGUUUACUCCUUGGAAGUUGAAGAAGAAGGCCAUCCAUCACCGGAGUUCGAGUCUCCACCGGUGGUCUUGGCAUCGAAGGUGAGGAGAAGAAGAGCAAGUAGCCGCCGGUGUCCUCCAAAGGCAAGAGAAGGAAGUGAGAAGUUUAUGAAGGAGGUGGUGAUGGAGGUGAAGGAGAGGAACGAUGCAGUGAAGGCGAUGGAGAGGAGUUUGAAGAAGCUUGAACAGGUGUUCAUGGACAUGGCUGUUCUAGUGGGAGCUCAAGGAGAGAAGAUUGAGGAUAUUGAAAGCCACGUGGAACAUGCCAACUCAUUCGCGGGGGGCUGA